ACACAAGAAACAACACCAAACAAAUCGAAUCACUCGACCACGUCUCAUAGACCAUACAGUUAAUCGGAUGGCGAGCGGCACCGGGAAGGCCGUGGGGUCGCCGUGGGCGGCGGCGAUGAGCAUGGGCGCGGGAACCGCCGAGGCGCUCAAGGACCGGCACGCCGGGCUGUGCCGCUGGAGCAAUGCGUUCCGGUCCGCCCAGCAGCGCGCCGGCACCACUCCGGCGGCGGGGAACAGCAAGAGCAAGGCGGUGCCCGCUGCCGGUGGUGCCGCGGUGAGGAGGAAGGCGAGGCAGGAGCAGGAGGAGGAGCUCCGCACAGUCAUGUACCUCAGCAACUGGGACCCAAACAAAUAGCUGACGAAGACGAACCAUUAGUUGCAACCUAGCUAGUAGAUCUUGUAAGAUGGCUUGGAUCGAUGAACUCAGCAUCGGCAAGAACCAGGAAGUAGCUCUGUGUUUACGCAAUUCAGUGAUCGUUUCCCCACUCCACUCCCCAGUGCGUGAGCUUUCGGGUGACACACUGGUACAACCCUUGACUGACAGUGUUUCAUGAACCACCAUUACAAGUCCCCAAAGCUCGGCUUCUAUGCCAUUUUCCGCUUUGACUUUAUCAUGGAAC